AUGAGGUUUCAAAAAUCCAUGUCCAACAAAGGAGAAGAUGUCGAUCUUGGAGAGGAGCUUGGUGAACGAGCAAGCCAUGCCAACGAGGCUAGGCGAUCAGCUCAAACUGCCAACAGAGUAGGCACCCUUGGAAUGGUGGUGGGCGAGCCUGCUGUUUUUAUUGGAGAUGAGAGGCAUCGGGCUUGCCUGGGCGAACAAAGAGAAGGGAACAGGGUUGAUCCAGGUGGGCAGUUCUGGCAAGCAGCCUACUCGCGUGGGAACUGUUUUGGCGCAAAGCUGAUGGGCGCGCCGAAGGAGGUUUGGACAAAGCUACCCCAUGAGCAGGAGAGGUGGAGCUGGGUGUCCCAGCUGGCGAAGAGAGGAAUGAGGCGGUCCAGGUUGGUGAGGAAGUGGUCCAAGCUGGCGAGGAGGCUUCCUAGGGCAGGGCCAAGGUCCAAGCAAGCUUGGCAUUGGGCUCCUAGACUGCGAUGA